GAGAGAGGGAAGUAAACACGAGGUUGACCGUUUCCAUCACUAGACUGGGUUUAAUGUGUGAACAGUCAUUUGCGAGGAAUACAGGUGCUCUUGACCAAAAUUGUGCUUCUCGUGAAAAUACGGACUUAAGAGGACUGUUGGUAAAUGUCUUGCCAAAUGAACCAUCGCCUUUUGGAAGUGUUUUGUCUUUACGGAACUAUUUGGUUCUACAAUAUGUGUAAGGCCUGAAUAAGCGGAAUGAGGUCGAAUGGUACACAUGAGCUCUACUUGAAUGCCCGUGUUUGGACAUCGGCAGUUUCUUUUAUAAUUUUGGCUUUUUUCAACCUGGUCAUUAACUGGACCAUAGUACGGGAAAAAUGCCUCCGGAGCCACGCGCGCUUCGUCCUCGUGUUCCAUUUGUUAUUCUCCGCACUGGUGUACUUUGCAGUAUGUUUUACAUUCUACUUACAGAUGUACAUGAUUGCUGCAACCACUGUACCAAUCUGCACGGUUCUUGUAAGACUCCUGAUGACAAGUGGUUCCAAUAUCAUCCUCACCAUCACGGCUAUGGCUGUGGACCGUUAUUACGCCAUAUGCCACCCACUUCAAUACAGCAAAGUUUGUUUCAAACCAUGGCCAUGGCUGACUGGCAUCUUAACAUGGGGACUUGCGUCGAUCAUUCCUCUUAGCCUUACCCCCCAGAUGAAAAACGGUACAGAAGGCCUACCACGGUGUGGGAGGGAAGCACUGCAAGGCGGAAAGAUGCACAAGAUUAUUUUAAUAUCAGUUUGCACUGUUCUUAUUGUGUGCAGCUAUGUGCGGAUCUUAUAUGAAGGCCGACGUUUGGGUGUGCUGAAUCGGCGCAACAGAGCUGCGUGCAGGACCAUUGCUCUACACGGCACGCAGCUCACGGUCUAUAUCCUCCCAAAUUUCAUACUCUUUUUUCUACAUAUUCUUGAAAGCAAAGAAAUAAUCGAGAGCGGCACAAAAGAGCUUUUUGCUGUCACAAGUUUUGCCUUCUUUAGCUUGGCGCAGUGCAUCGCCCCGAUAGUCUAUGGACUGCGUAAAGAGGAACUUUUAGAACAUCUUAAUCAUCGGUUCCCCUGCUUGUCCGGCCGCUUGAAACGUAUUUUGGAGUGGACUGUCAACAUUACCCAUCCCAAACGGUUUCGCCAGCAAAGGGAGCGAAGAAUGACUUCAGAGACUUUGUUAUCAAGGGAGAUCUCUCAGACGACUGUGUGAUCAUCUUUGUAUUAACAGAACAGGACUGAUGUUAAUGACUUAAAAUGGAACAUAGACUGAGAAAAUACCAGUGAAUCC